UCGCACGCGUAGGUUUUAUAAAAUAAAAGUGUGCUUGCAGGAGACUGACUACUUCUCAACUUAAAGCAUCAGUUGGAAAGGGGUGUAUUCAAUAUUGUAGGAUUUUGUUUUUCAGUUAAAUCUUUCCAUUACAUGUCUUUCCGGUUUUCUUUGCAUUUCGCAUUCUCUCGGUCACUCUUUUUUAAACAAAUUUGUAAAACGUCUCUUUCGCGUUUACAUACAGUCCGCUGUAAUAAACGUUUAGCUCCUGUUUUGUAUCCACAUAACUCAUAUUGCGGUUAUCUUUACUACUCUAUUCAUUGCAAGAGCUAUAGAAAUAUUAAUAACAAAUCAACAACUAAUUAUAUAAUGAGUCCAUUAGCUGGAAGUGUGAUGAAUUGGGACAUGAAAAUUAAUCCCAAUGAUUUGAUUAAACAGGCUGAUGAAGUCAUUUCAAACUGUAGGAAAAAGUAUGAUGCUGUUGGAGCUGUACCUGAUAGUGAAGUCAGCUACAAAAGUGUUUUAAAGGUACUGGACGAUAUUGACCGUGAAUACAUGAAUACAUUGUUUGCAUUGAGCUUCCCGCAGUCGGUGUCAACAGACAAACUUGUUCGGGAUGCUAGCACUGAGGCAGAUCGUAAAUUACAAGCUUUUGGUGUAGAAGUGAGCAUGCGCCCAGAUAUUUUUAACAAAUUGCUUAUUCUGGAACAAAAGCAAGAACCUUUGGAGACAGAAGCAAAGAGAUAUUUGAAGAGAUUAAUCAUUUUAGGAAAAAGAAAUGGAUUGCAUCUAUCCGAUAAAGUACAAGAAGAAGUAAAAAGUAUCAAGAACAAAGUCAAUGAAUUAGCUAUACAAUUUAACAAGAACCUGGUUGAAAAUUCUACUAUUUUAGAAUUUACAGACGAAGAAUUGGAUGGUUUACCUUCUGAUUUUAUUUCAGAUUUAGAAAAAAAUCCCGAUACUGGUAAACGGAAAAUAACCUUGAAAUACCCACAUUUCUUCCCAGUUAUGCGUAAAUGUAAAAAUCCAGAAACAAGACGUCAAAUGGAGUUUGCUUUUAAUACUCAAUGCCUUGACGAAAAUUCUCAUAUUUUGGGAGAGCUUAUUACUUUAAGAAAAAAGCAUUCUGAUUUGCUUGGAUAUUCUAAUCAUGCUUCAUUCAUCGCUGAGCUGCGAAUGUCUAAAACAGCUGAAAAUAUCUACAAGUUUUUGAAAGAAUUGCAGCAUAAACUUACUCCUUUGUGGAAUGAGGAAAGGAAAUCUAUGCUAGAGCUAAAAGAAAAAGAGUGCAGUGAUUUGGACAUUUCCUUUGAUGGCAAAUUAAAUCCAUGGGACUUACUUUACUACUCUACAAAAGUUGUAGAAACAAAGUAUAAUGUAGAUAAAGAAAAGCUGAAGGAAUAUUUUCCUCUCUCUGUUGUUACUAAAGGCUUGCUAGAAAUUUAUCAAGAAUUACUUGGCUUAAAAUUCAAAGAAAUAAAGAAUGCUGAAGUGUGGGCAGAAGAUGUACAGUUGUUUAGUGUUGCAGAUGCUCAUAAUGGAACACUAUUGGGAUAUUUCUUCCUAGAUUUAUUUCCCAGAGAAGGGAAAUAUACACAUGCUGCUUUAUUCGAAUUGCAGCCAGGUUGCCGUAAUGCUGAUGGUUCACGCCAAAUUCCUAUUGGUGCUAUGGUUGCAAAUUUCAGUAAACCUUUAGCAGAUAAACCUUCUCUGCUAGAUCAUGAAGAGGUUGAAACAUAUUUUCAUGAAUUUGGACAUACCAUGCAUCAUGUAUGCGCUCGAGCAAAUUUUGCAAAAUUUAGUGGUACAAAUGUGGAAAGAGAUUUUGUUGAAGCUCCAUCACAGAUGCUUGAAAACUGGUGCUGGGAAAUAGAACCACUUAAAAGAAUGUCUUCUCAUUAUGCUGAUAAAAGUGAAAUACCUAAAGAUUUAAUAAAUGCCUUACUUAAAUCUCGUCUUGCUAACACAGGUUAUCGUAAUUUACGGCAGAUUGUAUUAGCAAUGUUUGAUCACAAGAUUUAUACAAAUCCAGAGGCUGACAUAGCAAAACUGUACUCUGAUUUAAGUGAAGAAAUAGUUGGCAUCAAACCCACAGAAGGAACGAAUUUUGCUACUCAUUUUGCACAUACUGUUUCAGAAUAUGAUGCUCAGUAUUAUGGAUAUUUGUGGAGUGAAGUGUAUAGUGCAGAUAUGUUUUUUUCUCGCUUUGGAAGUGGAAAUCUGUUUAAUCCCGAAGUUGGCCUGGAUUACAGAAAGAAAAUUUUACAACCUGGUGCUUCAAAAGAUGCUAUUGACAUGGUAGUUGACUUCUUGGGUCGUCAGCCAACUCAAGAUGCCUUCUUACGAUCUAAAGGCCUACAAAUUUAAUUUUUAUUUUUAUUUUUGGUUGUGAAACUGUUGCAUUUUGAUGUCAUGUUACAGACAUUUUUUUAAUAAAAUUAUGAACAUAUUUUAAACUAA